GUCAGCUUCAUCACUUUUCGCAUCUCUUUCUGUGCCAGUUCCAUAUCUGCGUUACUUGUUUGAAACCCAAGUCCGAAUCAUGGAUAACAACCCACCUUCGGGUUGGGCAUCUUCUGACGAGGAUGCAGAGGGAUCUCAGGAGUAUUACUCUACAUCCGAUUCGGAAAGCUCCGAAGAAGACGACUACGAUGAGCAUCACAAUGCCUCAGUGCCAAGCAGCUUCCCGGACCGCGGGGAAGGGCCCAGCACGCAGCAGUUCCUGACGGAAGCGGACGCUGAAGAUGCCCGGGUCGAAGCCGCGAUUGAAGGCGACUUCGACAGACUAAUUCAAAGCAUACGCGGAGCCGAUGACGGUGAGAGUUCUGGGAUGUUGAGCAGAAUGUGGGACGUCAACCUUGAGGAGCGGGAGGCCGAGUUCAAGGAUGACCUCCGCAUGGCGUCUGGAGUAGGCAAGACUAAGAAGAAGCGCGGCCGCCGCAGCGGCCCCGUUCUAUCGCAACAAGUGCGCGCCCUGGUCGGCGAGGGAAACCAAGCUUAUGUAGACGCGAACCUCCCCGAGACAAUCCGCAUCAUGCAGGAGGUCAUCCGCAUCGAGCCGCGCGCCGCACCCGCGUGGAGCGUGCUCGCGCAGUGCUACAGCGACAUGGGCGAGCGCGGGAAGGCGCUCCAGCUGCGCAUAAUGGCCGCGCACCUCAACCACGACGCCGACGAGUGGGCAGACCUCGCGCGGCAGUCAAGGGACUUGGGGUACAACCAGCAGGCGCUGUACUGUUACGGGAAGAUAUGCAGCCUCGACCCGACGAACGUGAGCGCGCUCUGGGACCGCGCGUCCCUCGCGAAGGAGCUCGGCGACAUGAAGACCGCUCGCUCGACGCUGCUGGCGAUGCUCAAGCGCCUCCCGCACUCCCUCCCCGUGCUCGACGAGCUGCGCCCCAUCCUCAUCGAGCUCUCUGACCUCGCGCUCUGCGCCUCCCUCUUCCAGGACGCCUUCGCGCACUACAUGUCCGCUUUCCCUGCCGGGCGCGGCGUCGACCCUGAGACCGGGGCGGAAGUCCCUGGGGGCGGGUUCGGGCUCAUGCACCUUCUCGUCCUCGCCGAUUUGUACAACACCUUGGGCGAUCAUGGCAAGGCGGUGGAGACGAUCAGGAGAGGAUGUCGCUGGCUGCAGGGGCGGGGCGGGCAGAAGUUUUGGGACGCCUGCGAGGAUGAUCGGGAGUACGACGUGCCGCCGGAUAGUGGUGACGGAGCGGCUCGGGCUGGCGAGGGCGAGAUGCAGCCGGGCUAUUAUCCGCUGGACGUGAAUGCGAGGCAUAGGUUGGCGAUUGCGAGGAUCCGGGGCGGGGACAUGGAGGAGGGGAAGAUGCACGCCAAGGUCAUCCUGGGGCAGGAUGUCGCCGAAUACGCGCCGCUCUUCUCCGAGAUCGCAGACGCGUACUUCGAGCGGGAAAUGUAUUCUGAAGCUGGGCACAUAUACGAGAUGCUCGGAGGUGACGCUGGAACUAGUAGUAUGUACGUGCUCCUGCAGGCUGCCGCCUGCCGGCGGAUGGUCGGAGACUUGAAGGAGGCUGCGGAAGUGUACGAGCAUGUGAUCCAAGCGGAUCCGACCAACAACGACGCCAAGAUGAAGCUUGCCGAGAUUCUCGAGAUCCUCAACGAACCACGCAAGGCGCUUGAGCUAGUUAUGCAAGUCAUCGACUCCCGAAAACGCCGCGGAGGCCAGCGCGAAGGGACCUUCGACCCGUCCGCCCCGUCCUCCGCCUCCCUCUUUGAAGAAGGCAAGGCUCGCGGCUCCGUGGCCAGAGGCAAGGGUAUGCCCGCCAAGUCCGCGAGUAAGCUCACUCCCACGCAGCUGCGUGAGCUCGAGGCGAAGAAGGAGCGCGAGGCACAGCAGAGCUGGCACCGCGUGCAAGACCUGUGGCCACGCAUGCUCGCAGGCGACGAUGAGGCGAUGAGGGAGUGGCUCGUGGAAGCGGAGAAGCUCGUGGAGAGUUUCAGAGAGACGAGGGCGCUGUUCUUGACGAGCCGGCAUCGCGGAUUUAGGGGCAUGUUUCCAAGGAGCGCGAGGAAGCAGACCACGGAGGCGAGCGAGGAUAGUAUGGCUUCACGCUUGCAGCUUGAGCUUGGUCGGGAUACGCUUGCAAGAAAGGCUGCUAAGAGCGAGAACGUGAACAAUUUCCGAGGGAUCUCCUUUGAAGACUGGUCGCGGUUGUUUAUGCACUAUGCCUUCCUGCUUACCCGACGAGGACAGUUUGAUCUGGGCAACGAAGUUCUGCGCCACCUGCUAUUCUCCAAUGCGUAUCAAUCGCGAUCAUCCCAAGACUCCAUCCGCCUCGGUAUCAUCACAUGUGCAAUCCAUGCCGACCAGUUCCAGACGGUGGUGGAACAAGCGCGCAAGCUGAUCAACGCACAUCAGUUCAACAAUGAGCCUAUACGAGUCCUCGUAUCGUCCCUCGGCAGUGGUCUUCGUGCGACGGACGCGUUCCUUGUUUCCACCCUCUCUAAGCACCUGCUCCGUGAAACCCGCCUUGCAGACGCCGCAGUGAACAACCCGGACGCUCUCCGCUUCAACACCACCCAACGCAGGUACGGUCUGUCGGGAUCUGCGGGAAAGGCCGAUCCUGACGAUGCCCCGGACGAAGACGAGGACGUCGAGCCUCCCGCGGUGACGGAACUGGAGAGGUCGAAACUGCCUACCAAACCGAACCCUCUCAACGUUGCGGUAUAUGGGCAAAUCUUGCUCGCAGCCAGGAGCUACCAGAGCGCGCUUUUCUAUCUCCUCCAGGCUUACGAUCAUACCUCGGACGACCCUCUUGUGUGCUUGUCGUUGGCGAUCGCGUCCGUCGGCCGUGCGAUGCAGCGACAAUCGGAUAACAGGCACCACCUCAUAGCUCAGGGAAUGGCUUUCCUUACCAAGUAUCGCGAAUUACGGGGAGAGACGGCUGAGGGCCUGGACGAGGUGGAGUACAAUUUCGGUCGCGUAUUCCAACAGCUGGGGCUGCACUCUCUCGCAGUCCGACACUACGAGCGUGUUUUACAGGCAGCAGAAGCGAGGUCGAAGCUCAACAGCGAAGACGUUGGGCUGGCCCGUGAGGCCGCUUACAAUCUAUCACUCAUCUACGUCUCCACAGGUGCUGCGCCGCUGGCCCAAGGUUUAUAUCGACGGUGGUUGUCGCUAUAGCUUCGCACGCCACCGCUUUAGACUUUCUGGCUGCAUUCUCCUGUAUAUGACAACACCGCACGCACAACCGAUUGUUCCACCAAAGCGGAGGUUCCUUUGUGGAUGGGCAAAAUACGCCCUGCUGCGCCCGUCGCUCCCUAUCAGACGAUAUCCCACGCCACUCAGAGCAGAAUGUACUUAAGUCUCAACACAUUGAGGGUCGUCGUUCAAUAUCAUCACAUCACCCCCUCAUACCACACCAUGUC